CCCAACGGUGAUAUCAUAUGAGAUUCAUAAUUGUUUAAAUAUUAUUAAUGUGACUCAUCCAAGGAUUGAAAAAUCAUAUCGGAGGCUGUACCGGAAAAGUCAGCAAUAGAGUAUUUUAUGUUGAAAUCGUGAUUGUACCGUUUCAUAAAGUUAAUACCAUCUACCGACUUUGAUAUGAUCCCAAAUUGGCCAUCAAUCACGCUGGAAUUGAUUGAUCAAGAAGGUAAGCAAAGUACAUUAAAGAACACUGAAUUUUGGCUAAGUUCUUUCAUAGUUUCAGGUAGCCAACUUUGCACGUCGGGAACUUGUUAUUGGCUUAAUGAAAAUUCGAGUUUAAGGCCGUGUUUUGAAGAUGAAGAGUUUAUCUUUCCAUUGAUGUGCUUUGGAGCUCGAGAGGAAGCCCAUAAGAGUGAUUUCCAGGUCGAUCAAGUUGCUAGCUCAACAUGGGAAAAACUGCCGAAAUAUUUUAGGUGUUGGAACGAGUUCGGGAAGGAACUUUGGAAGCCUCAAUCGAAGGGAUGGCAUGAGAGUCGAUCUUCAAGAAUCAUACCUCAUAAAAGUAGGUUUAUUCUACUACAAAGACGUGGCGUUGGAUGACUGGAAUGAAGAAUGGAAGGCCUCAAAUGAAAGCUCCAAAGAUCGUAUCGAAGCUGAGUUUCUGUCUUUGGAAACCGGCAAUCUGAAUCCUUAUCGGAUUAGGAUUCCUUUGUUGUUUUGUGUUUAAUUCCUCUUCAUUGUUGGUUUUUAUUUCCUUUUUCAAUUGUAAUAUAUCAAGGAGUUCUCUAAGAGUAGUAGGAUGGGCUAGGUCUAUUUAAGUAGCUUUGAUUCAUUGUAAUUUUCAGAUUUCAUAGAGUUGAAUAACAAACCGAGAGUUUGCGUUCAUAAAGUUUUGUCUUGUGAAUUGAGAGAUCAACCUAGCCGAAUCUAUGUUUGAUCUUGAGCUUGUAUUGUUCAAGUACUCACCUUGUUCGUGGCCAAGCAUCGACGACACAAAUCGAGCCUCUUUCCCAUCGUGAAAGUUGCACGAAAGGUUCCAUCCCAAACACGAGCACAAGACCCUAUUUUGUGUUCUUUCUCACCAAGUUUUGAUUCAAUCUUGAAUUGAAUCCUAGCUGUGCUUCUCUGGUUCAAAACCACCCACCUAGAGGUUAUCAGACUUCACUUCCGGUAAGAUGUUUUGGUCGAACUACUCUGUAUGGUGUGGUCUUCAAUCCUUUCACUCAUCGUGAGGAAAGAUAAAAGUAGAACAUGAUAAGAGGAAGGAGGUAAUUAAGAUAUGGUGUGACGUGCUUAUCUUAUUGCAAACCUGCCUAGUAUAUUACUCCCCGUAAGAUUUUCUUAGGAUUUUUCAUUUUUUAUCUAAUGGUCUACUAGUUUUACAAGGCUAUAAAUAUGACAUAUAAUUUUUACACCUGAUCUCGUCUUGUAAAAAGACGUAAUAAAUAUUGACCGCUUCAUUCACCCUUAAAUCAGACACUUCCCUUCCCCGUCAUUUUAUAACCAACAAUAACAUACAAUUUCGCCUUGCCAUUUGUGUGCAAUUUUUUAGAUCUAACAAAUCUUCUUAUUUAUGAUCCACUAUACCAUUCUGAACACGAGGAUGCAUGCUUGAAUCAAAACCACCAAGGAUUAUAAUAAUUGAAAAAGAAAAGAAAGGUUCUGAGAAUAAAAUUGAUAUAAUAUGGUUACGGGAGAAGAUCAGCAUCCAUGGGCUGAUAUAUGUCCAAAUCUCUUGAAUUCCAUUUACAGGAGGCUCCCGUCCUACAUCGAUGGUACUCAAUUCGGUUGUGUAUGCAAGAAAUGGCACCAAAUCCACUCCGAGGUCGUGCUUUCCAAUCCCUUGCAUGUGGACAUCAACCGUACAAAAUUCUCAGACUUCGAUGUCAUCGAAGUGCGGGAAGAUGACAAGCUUUUCGUCCUACCACAUCGUGAAACUCAAAUCCCAGAGAGGCUUGUAGGUGUCAACGUACAGAUCCUUGGGAGGGCGGGCGCGUGGCUGCUUCUAAAAGAGCGCAACAUUUUCUUGGGUUGUUACAAUCCUCUGCUUCAAAGUCCGGCAAACUAUAUCGCUCUUCCUAAACUGAGUUUGCAAUUUUCCCACUAUCGACGCAACUGGACGCCAGUCACAGUCAAGGUCGCAUUCUCCGCGCUACCCACAACUCGUGACUCCAUGAUCCUCAUGGUAUAUGGCGAUCGUUAUUUCAGUGUGCUCCGUUGUGGUGAUGACUGGAUGUGGAAGACAUACAAUUUCUCUUUGGCUAGGAAAAAGGGACAAACUUGCCUCGGUGUAGGCUACGGAAAGGGCAGAUUCUUUUGCUUAUUUGAAAUGGGAGAUAUGAUGAUUUUCAGCAUUGACAAGAAUGAGACGAGAAUAACCUUUGCUUCUUAAGCGACUCGAGCAAUGGGACAGUUUGUGUGUUGUGGCAGUGGUGACAAAAAAAGCCACGUCUGGAAGUGAUCAAAAUCAUGAGAUAGGAAAGAUUAUGAAGUUUAUGAUAAUCACUCAUUGGGAGCGAGAUUAUGAGGCGCGUGACAAGAACAACUUCAAAUUGGUGGCAGUGGUGGAAAAAAUUACCACGACGGCAAAUCUAUUACUGGAUAAUGAUGAUGAUGAUUGUGAGAUAGUGUCAACGCUGGAGGAUGGGAAAAACAACAAGGGAUUGAUUGUAGCGAAAGACAGACUGCCAUUGAAGAGGAGUUUCCACAGCUUUUAUAUUGUCGCACUAUCUUUUCUUCCUCCUCUGGUUCUCCUUCUUGGUGCUUCUUGGAUUGUUAGCCUUUUGAUUCGCAAGUUGAAGUGUGGUUAAACUCAAUGUAAUGAAGGGGCAGGGCUUGUGAUUUUUUGGUUGAAUAAAAUUGAGCUGACGAUGCAAAGCAUUAUUAGUUUUUAUAUUGUUGUACUUGUAGCACACCUUAUAAAAAUUAUUUGCAGUCUUAAAAAUUGAAAUUGAUUCUUCAAAGUGAUUUGUAGUCCCUCAUGUGAUCUCAAUAAAGAUUUACGAAAUCA